AUGGUGUUUAAGCCAUUUACCCACCUCGCACGUCAAGCCUUCUCGAAAACAUUUGUCCACGGCUAUGCUCAGUCCGUCGUCGCCGCUUCCCAAUCCUCCUACGCCUCUUCAAACACCUCCCUCAACCAGUUCACCAAUCUUCCCGUGAAAUACACCCGAACCGCCCAGCUUCAAUCCGCUUUCCAGAACCCCUCUGGUUCCUCUAGUAGUGCGGGUGCAAAGGCUGGCCAUGCCCACUCCAACAAUGCCGGUGGUGAUACAGGUCUAGCUGCGUAUUAUGCUGCUUGGCAACAGGCCCAGCAAAAUGGAGACGAUAGUGAUUGGCACCAGUUCCAGUUUAGGAAGAGAAUUGGCUGGAAGCCAGCUGCGCAGGAUGCAAAGGAUAGCGAAGGAGUUGCAGGUAGCAAGGAUGCCGAGGUGGUGUCCGUGUCUGACGCAUCGUCCGUGUCCCAGACGCCUGAGAUCCCGUCCAGUCGUCGUCGCAGCGAAUCUCGCGAUUUCGGAAAGGUGGAGAGUGUCACGGUAGACGCUGAUGUAAGUGCUCAGGUUGAUGAGGCUGUUGCUCGUGAAAAACAGCAAAUUCAGGAUGCGGAGGAAAAGUUGGUGGAGGUGGAGGUGGGGUUGGAGGAACCGGUGCUUUCUGCUGCUGAGUCUGCAAACAGUGUCGUGUCGAAGGAUGGGUCUUCCACGCCUCAUCCUACCCCGGCAUCCCCCGUGGGUGAACCUUCACUUGUUGCCCCCGAUGAAUCCACCGGAGAUAUCGAAAUCGUGAAGAGAGCACAUGCUCAGUCAGGGCAUGUGAUGCAACUUGCAGAUACGAAGCAAUAUUCUCAGGUUCCCAGUGCUUUUGAGAGUCUUUUGAAGGAGGGAUUGGUUCCUACCGUUGGGGCCUACAAUGCACUUCUUGAGGCCGCUAUCCACCUCCAUGCGGAUGUCUACCAUGCAGUACCCAAGGCUCUUGAUAUUUACUCUGACAUGUUGCGUCGUGCCGUCCUGCCUAACAAGCAAACAUAUACGAUUCUCGUCCAGCUUUUGGCAUCCCGCGCCUUGAAGAUCUUCCACUCCAUUCAAGUUUUGCAUGAACAGCGGGCCCGCUAUGGCGGCACGGAAGAGCAAAAUAAAUUCAUUUUCCAGUCAAGUGAGGCCGAGCAUGAACUCUUAGUUGAGGAUCAGUCUCUCUCUAUUGCUUUGAAGCUCUUCAAUGCAGCAACCUCGCGCCAUGCAGACAUCUUGUUCCCUCUAGAAGCCUACUGCAAUCUGAUAACUAGCUGUGCGAAGAGAGGAGAGGUGGAACAGAUGAUCAAAAUAUUUGAACAUAUGGAAACGCAUAAGAUUGUGCCUCAUGCUUCCAUUUUCCCUUCUAUGAUCGAUGCAUUUGCUGCCACGGGUGACUUGAAGAGCGCUGUCGAGUGCUAUAACGAGUACAAGGCUCUGGCAAUUGCAGACGAUAGCGGUGUCUUUGGUAUUGUCGAUCGCAAGGAUGGUGAGGUCUAUGCUGCUCUCAUUAAGGCCUACCUCUCGUGCGGUAAGGAGGCCGGUGCCCUUCGAUUUUUCGAGAAGAUCAAAUCUUCCUUCGAUCACGUGGAAGAAAACAAGGAAGCCCGAAGAUCCGUCAUUGAAGAUGUCGUUGUCAGGGAUGGGCUUGUGCAACACGCAAUUGUGACUAGAAACUACGCGGAGGCACUAAAGAUCGCAAAGGAUUGUCUUUCCAAGCCCAAGUUUGAAGCUGCACUGGCUAGAAUCUGCAUGGCUGCUGCUGACUCGGGAAAUCUAACCGUUGCAUCCGAAGCUUACGAACUUCUCCCGUUCGACACCCCCGUCUCCAUUGGUCCCGCAUCGGCCAUGCUUGCUCUGCAUAUUCGUCAAGGGAAUCUGGCGGCUGCCAAACCGUUUUGGACAGUUUUAUCUUCGCCAAGCCACGCUACGCCGGAUCUAAUUCAUCCGACUGCCAUGUAUACCGUUGCCCUCCUUAAAAGCGGACAGGUGGAAGAGGGCUUGAUGGAGGCGCGGAAUAUGUUCUCUCGCAUUCGCAACUCAGCGGAUAGCAAGCAAGCUCAGGCUCACCUUCGUGAAGAAAUUGAUGAAACAAUUGACCUCCUGGGGCGCGUCAUGAUUCAAUCAUCUGCUGUCCUGUCCGCUCAUGCUUCGGUGACUCUCAUCUGGGCUAUGAUUGAGAAUGGGGGAUUGGUGUCCCCGGUUGCUGAACACGUGGUUGCUGGCCUUGGGCCAUCUGGUAUCUCGCAACUUAGUAUGCAAGACCUGACUCUUGCCCUUCAGGUACAGGCUGGGAUGCUGAUCAAUGCCUCUGGUCUAUUUGAUGCUGCACACCCGGCACGAUUUGCACAUAUGCUCGAGCUUGCACUGGCCUCGGGGCUUCCCAUGGACACCCUCAAAUCCCGUGUGCUUGAGCAGGCUGUUCUUAAAAUCGCGGACAGUCGUCCAGAUUUGGUCCAGAGAUGGCGUGCUUACUUGCAAACCCCAGGGAAUCCUGCGUUUGUACCCGCUCGACACACACCAGUUCCUCAACUUUCUCCAGUCAUGAAACCAACACUACCGGAGGAAUCGUUUGAUCCCUAUGCCCAUGCUACUGAUUUCCGUGGAUCUGCUAUCAUAGCUGAUAUUCUGGAGAACACGAGCGGGCGCAUUGAGAACCACCUCAACGACGCCAUGAUUAAGUUCAAGAACAUGCGUCGUAUCGGCAGACAUCCUCGCUAUAUCACAUACGCCAAAUUGAUCAAUGCUGCUGCCAAGUGUGGACAGAUGAAUCUCGCGCAGGAGAUCCUGUGCAUGGCCCGACACGACGUUCCCCUGAUCCCUCAGUACAAGGUUGUCAAAUACGGCUGGACAUCAAUUUUGGAUGCUAUGGUUGCUGCCUGCCUGACACAUGGUGAGCGCGGUCAAGCUGCCAAGUUCCACCAGGAGCUUAACAAUAUUGGCUCUGCGCCUUCCUCCAAUACCUUUGGUCUCUACAUCACCACCUUGAAGGAAUCAACCAAAACCUUCGACGAAGCCACUGAAGCCGUCAAGAUUUUCCACCGCGCGAUUUCUGAGGGUGUCGAGCCAACAUCGUUUCUCUACAAUGCUCUGAUCGGAAAACUAGGCAAGGCGCGUCGCAUCGACGACUGCCUCCUCUACUUUGCAGAGAUGCGCGCAAACGGCAUUAGACCCACCAGCGUCACCUACGGAACCAUCGUCAAUGCCCUCUGCAGAGUAAGCGACGAACGCUUCGCCGAAGAAAUGUUCGAUGAAAUGGAGUCGAUGCCCAACUACAAACCCCGCCCGGCACCCUACAACUCCAUUAUCCAGUACUUCCUCAACACAAAACGCGACCGCAGCAAGGUCCUCGCCUACUACGAACGUAUGAAGUCCAAAAACAUCCAGCCAACCAUGCACACGUACAAAAUUCCGAAUCCGUCCUUGACACCAUUCGCUCCAAGGACCAGCACCCCAGAAGCCGUCCACUUCGCCUCUUUAAUCCACGCCAAGGGCUGCGUCAUGCAUGACAUGGUCGGUGCGCGAAAAAUCUUCGACUCCGUCAUCGCAGACUCCCACAUCCAGCCCCAACCAUGCUUGUACCAAGCCCUCUUUGAAGCUAUGGUGGCCAACCGUCAAGUUUCCGCGACGUCAAAACUCCUGAAGCAUAUGGUCAGUCGCAAUGUGGAGAUGACGCCGUACAUUGCCAAUACGCUUAUUCACGGCUGGGCGGCUGAUGGGAAGGUCGCGAAUGCCUUGUCGGUGUAUAAUGGCAUUGGUAUGAGUAAGCGUGAACCCAGCACAUAUGAGGCGAUGACAAGGGCUUUCCUUGCUGCUGAGGAUCGGCAGGGUGCCUCGGGUGUUGUGCAGGAGAUGUUAUCUCGUGGGUAUCCGCCUGCUGUUACUGGGAAAGUGCUUGAACUUGUUGGUGGCGGAAGCCCUCCUCCCAUGCCUGCGUAA